CAAAUUUAUCAAGAGCUCUAGCAGAAAAUCUGGCUGCAUGUAAACGUCUAACAGCACAGCACCCUAUCUCCGCACUGAAUACUUCUCAGCAUACAAAUAUGGGUUCUUCCCUUGUUGACUCAUGUUCUUUCCAAGUGUCAAAUUAUUUGUCUUCCAGUAAGCUAGAAAAAAUAGCUCCUGAAGAUGUACUAAAAGAGGUUCCCAAGGAAAAAACUAAAACUGUUCGUAAAGUCUGUGUCAGUGGUUUUAGUGCAAACCGCUGGAGUAAAAAUGAUCGGAAAAAGAAAAGCAAAAAAACAUGGAAAAGCAAUGUUUCUUCAGCAAGCAAUGCCAAUUUCUCUUUGACUGAUUUUGGAUUAAAGAAAUACCAGAAAAAAUCAAAUUAUGAGACAACACUUGGUGACUGUUUCCUGAAUAUCAAGGAUGUUUCACUCAUGGCCACUCCAAAGAACUUUAGUUUCCAGACAUUAUUAAAUACACACAGCUGGUCAAGGCUCAAAGCAGCACUUUCUAUACACAAGAAAAAAAUAGCUGUUUUUACUCCAAAGAAAUUGAACCUUUCCUGUCCAGAUACAACUACAAAUUUUUUGAGGACCAACCUUGAUCUAACUGCAGAAUCUUUGAAUCAUUUCUCAGGAAACGUUUCUUUAUUGAAUUCUCCAAACAGUAUGUGUGACAUUUCCGAUGCGGAAAAAGUCUAUCAUGAAUGCAAGCAAGAAGGCCCUUUAUCAUUUGAAGACUGCUUAUCAUCAAAUAAAUUGAAGCAGUGUAAAAAGAUUGGUGAAGGAGCUUUUGGAGAAGUGUUUUGCACAACCAAUAACAAUGAUGAACUUGUUGCUUUAAAGAUCAUACCUAUUGAGGGAAAGGAUAUUGUGAAUGGAGAGAACCAGAAGAUGUUUGGUGAAAUCCUACAUGAGAUCAUUAUUUCCAAGGAACUAAGCAGCUUGAAAGAAAGAAAACACAAUCGAUCAGAUGGUUUUAUAACUUUACACAGUCUGCAUUGUGUUAAGGGAUCCUAUCCUGAACCCCUGCUUAAGGCUUGGGAUGCAUUUGAUAAAGAGAGACAAUCUGAAAAUGAUCGACCAGAUUUCUUUGGAAAUGACCAGUUGUUUCUGGUACUAGAAUUUGAAUUUGGAGGGAGUGAUCUUGAAAACAUGCAAAAAAAACUGCCUUCACUGAUUACAGCAAAGAGUAUUUUGCAUCAGGUUACUGCAGCCUUAGCUGUGGCUGAACAGGCUUUUUGUUUUGAACACAGAGAUUUACAUUGGGGAAAUAUACUUGUGAAGAAAACCAACAAUGUGAAAGAAGAAUACAUGUUGAAUGGAACUAAACGCAAUUUAAUAACUCACGGCUAUCAUGUGAAUUUAAUAGACUACAGUCUGUCUAGACUGGAAAUAGAUGGUUUAACAGUUUCUUGUGAUAUUUCAUCUGAUGAAGCACUUUUUAUGGGACAAGGAGACUAUCAGUUUGACAUUUAUAGAAAAAUGAGGGAAGAAAAUAAUAACAGCUGGAGUGAAUACCACCCUCACAGUAACGUCCUGUGGCUGCAUUACUUAACAGACAAAUUGCUUCACUUAAACUACAAAACAAAAGCCCGAACGUCUGCACUAAGAGCUCUGAAAAAAAGUAUUGAGCAGUUCUACCAAGAUGUCCUCAAAUACGAGUCGGCAAUGGAUGUCUUACAGCACAGUAGCCUUUUCCAGGAAAGCCAAUAAAACGGGCACUCGAUGCAGCGCAGCUUUUCUCUGCUCAUUAAAAAAAAUUGGGCCCAUAUUAUGUAGUACACAAAUGCUUUUUCUUUGUUGUUAAUUUUUAUUUUCAUCAUGGGUAAAAUGCCGUGCUGAUACUAACGGGUCUACUGUCCAGUGUAAAUGUCUUGUAUACAGUAAUUAAAUAUUUUUUAUAGUUUUAA